AUGAAACGAUAGAAUUCUGCAAACGCCACAACAACAAGUCCAAGUAAAUUCUUCUCCAAUACUUCAAACCAAUUUUCAGAAAUACUUAAAUAAAUUACUUAAAAUUCUAAUAAUAAACCAAUGAGAAAAGCUUGCAGUCCAAACUCGAACAAUCAAAUGCAAAAAAGAGUAAAAACAUAAAUUACUAGUAUAUCUCGAAAUCCUAAUUUAAAUAUUCAUAAUAAAAACAUUAGUGCAAGUGUUCCUAAAAAUAAACUAGAAUAUUAUUAGGUCUUAGAAUAGAUUGGAUCAGGAAAAUUUGGUAAAGUUUAUAAAUGUUUACUCAAUUAAACUAAAAAAUUAUAUGCAAUCAAGAUGANAAAUUUUUCUGUUUCUAUAAAACUUACAUUUUAUUUUAAAAUUCUUCUGUAAUUCAAAUGGAAUAAUAUAUGA